GCUUCUGUUAGCUGUUAGCUGACACUACCCGUCUGUGUAGCAGACACGUGUGAGGGGUUCGUGUCCAGGCCAGAGACUGUAUACAGUGUGUGGAGCCCCUCCCCUCAGGAGGUGAUGCAGCUCAGGGAGAAGGAGCCUCAGCCCGGACAGAGGAGCCCUGACGCUGCGGAGCUAGCUGGGGUCACUGUCUGGAGGAAACACGACAGUGGACGGUUCUCAGAUCAGGACACUCGUCGUCCCCCUUGGGAUUUUUCACGGUGUGGAUGAAGACGAGCGGACAGAGUUUGUCUCCACCAGACAUUUAACAUGCAUCGAAUAACGGGAAGAGCAGGAGGAGACAAUCUGAUUGAAAUGAGUCCCACGGAGUCUUUCAACGAUGAUAUAAAUGGCUACAACCAACAUGCCUCAUCCAGCACAGGAUCUCUUCAGCAGGGACAAUCAGUGUCUUUUUUAACGCCUGAAGUGUGUGUAGAGACCUGUGAGUCUCUCAGCACCAGCCUGGCCUCCCUGGCCCCCUCUGACCACAGCGACAGUCCACAGUUUGAGGCUCAGACCUUAGAGCGAAUCAAUGCUUUGACCGGGCUCUCGAGAAAGCGGGCUCUAUUCCUGAAGUUUCGUUCCAGGAUUGACAAACAACAACAAAGCAAAGACUCUGUGUUCUUCCGUGAUGGGCUGCGGAGGAUUGACUUUGUCUUGUCCUAUGGGGACGAGAAAGAUGGCGAGAGAAAACAGGAGAGGAGGAGGGUAUAUGAGGCCAAUUUAGCAAAUGUUGGCCUGCAGCUGGAGACAGAAGAUAAAUCAGAGUCAGAAGAUGGGAAGACGUAUUUUGUGAAGAUCCACGCUCCAUGGGAAGUGUUGGCCACCUACGCAGAUGUGCUUAAGAUCAAGGUUCCAUUCAAGGUCAACGACAUCCCAGAGAACAAAGAGAUGCCAAUGAACUGGCUGUCCACCCCGUUCCGUCUGCCUGAGCCCAUCAUGCACCCUGAGCCUGACUUCUUCACCGCUCCUUUCAACAACAGCAAGUCGGACUUCUUCCUCAUCGAUGACAAAGAGACUUUCUUCCCCCCUUCCACUCGCAACAGGAUUGUCUACUACAUCCUGUCCCGCUGUACAUACUUGAGGGAGGAAUGUGGGGAUAAAGACAAAAAGGGAAUCAAGAGGUUACUCAACAAUGGCACCUACACUGCUGCCUUUCCCCUGCACGAUAGUAGGUACUGGUCAAGAUCGAGGGAUGCUCACUGUGAGAGUGAGAGGUACAGUCUGUACAAACACUGGGCCAGAUUCCUCUUUUUCUUCAAGGAGCAACCUCUCAACCUUGUCAGGAAGUACUAUGGAGAGAAGAUCGGCAUUUAUUUUGCCUGGCUGGGUUUCUACACUGAGAUGUUGUUGUUUGCUGCAGUAGUUGGGACGAUUUGUUUCGUCUACGGAUUUCUCACUUACGAUGACAAUGAGUGGAGUAAAGAAAUAUGUAGUGGGGAAAUCGGAGGAAAAAUCGUCAUGUGCCCGCUGUGUGACAAGAAAUGUGGCUUCUGGAAACUUAACUCAACAUGUAACUCCUCAUGGCAAUCACACCUAUUUGACAAUGUGGGAACUGUGUUUUUUGCCAUAUUCAUGGGGAUAUGGGUGACGCUAUUCCUGGAGUUCUGGAAGAGGCGGCAGGCUCGUCUCGAGUAUGAGUGGGAUCUGGUCGACUUUGAGGAGGAGCAACAGCAGCUGCAGCUUCGGCCAGAGUAUGAGACCAAGUGCUCCAGCCGCAAGAUGAACCGCAUCACUCAGGAAUCAGAGUUGGUUCUUAACAGGACUGCCGCAGAUCUAUUGGGGAAAUUAUUUCUGUGCUGGGCCACCGUGGUGCUCUGGAUUUCAUUGAUCAUUGCCUGCAUCAUUGGCGUGAUAGCGUACCGCCUGGCAGUGUACGCCGCCUUCGCCAGCAUCAUGAAGGACAACCCCACCACCCAGCUGCACGUGGUGGGCCCCUACAUCACGCCACAGCUGGCCACCUCUGUCACCGCCUCCUGCAUCAACUUUGUCAUCAUCAUGAUCCUCAAUCUUAUGUAUGAGAGGGUGGCUGUUUGGAUCACUGAUAUGGAAAUUCCAAAGACACACUUGGAGUAUGAGAACAAGUUGACGGUGAAGAUGUUCCUCUUCCAGUUCGUCAACUACUACUCCUCCUGCUUCUACGUGGCUUUCUUUAAGGGCAAGUUUGUCGGCUAUCCUGGAAAUUAUGCCUACAUGUUUGGCAAGUGGAGCAAACUGAGGAAUGAAGAGUGUGACCCUGGUGGUUGUCUUAUUGAGCUGACCACCCAGCUGGUGAUAGUGAUGACUGGUAAACAGGUGUGGGGCAACAUCCAAGAGGCGCUGGUCCCGUGGCUGAUGAACUGGUGGGGCAGCAGGAAGGCACGAAAACACCCAGAGAGUCUUUACAGCCGCUGGGAGCAGGACAACGAUCUGCAAAGCUUUGGACAGCUGGGUCUUUUCUACGAGUACCUGGAAAUGGUGAUCCAGUUUGGUUUCAUCACACUUUUCGUCGCCUCCUUCCCCCUGGCACCCCUGCUGGCGCUGAUCAACAACAUCAUUGAAGUAAGAGUGGAUGCCUGGAAGCUCACCACUCAGUACAGACGCCCCGUGGCAGCCAAGGCCCACAGCAUUGGGGCCUGGGAGGAAAUCCUCAGUGGGAUCGCCGUCCUCUCUGUUGUCACAAAUGCGUUCAUCGUGGCCUUCACCUCUGAUAUGAUCCCUCGGCUUGUGUACAUGUAUGCCUACCACCCAGAUGGCGAGAUGAAUAUGAAAGGCUACAUAAACAACAGCCUGUCGAUUUUCAAUAUAUCUGCGAUCCCACUGGCCAACAGCCCUGAGGAAGGGGAGAACCCUGCUUGGUUCAACAGCUCCAUCACAACCUGCAGGUAUCGUGAUUUCCGCUACCCUCCGGGCCAUGAGAAGCAGUACACCCACACCAUGCAGUUCUGGCAUAUUUUGGCUGCCAAGCUUGCUUUCAUUAUCAUCAUGGAGCAUGUCGCGUUCAUGGUCAAGUUCUUCGUAGCCUGGAUGAUCCCAGAUGUUCCCUCUGAUGUGAGGGCUCGAGUGAAGAGAGAGCGCUACCUGGUCCAGGAAUAUCUCCAUAACUACGAGGUGGAGAAGCUGAAGAUGCAGCUCAGCCAAAACAACAGUAGCAAUGACUGUUCCUGCACGCCCAUGAUCUAUCCAUCUUUAUCCAAACACGAGGUGCUGUCAGAGUGUCUCUAGCCCAGCGAGCUGCUGGUCGAUCAGCUGGACAUGAUGGGAUGACAUGGUGAUAUAGAUUGACCAGCUUAUGUAUGAUGAUACAUCUCUUUACUGUAGUGCCUGUGUUGUUUGUGCAGUACACAGACGUUUAUCAAAGAGCUAUAGAGGUUUCCAUCAUUCACACACAUCCUGCUAAUUGUGAAGUGCACACAAUGACCACGUCUCCAUGCAUGCUGACUUAAAGCAGUCAAAUUUAAAUGCUGUCUCAUAUUUAUAGCUUUUCAUGCUCUUUUUUGUAAUUAUAGUGAUCAUUCAGAUCAUAUACUGUGUCGGAAAGAUCACUUAUUUAAUUGACAUCAUAACUAACCAAAGAAUGGAUGCCUUAAUAUAUCACACACUUACCACUGAUAUUAUAUAUCUGCCAGUAAAUUAUCAAUAUUAUUUGGAAACUGAUUUUGCCUAUUUUCUAGUUUGAAUAUUUGUUUGUUUGUACGGUGAUAUGAAGGGUUCCAGUGUCAUGUACUAUAAGUUAAUGUUUGGAGUUUUUUUAACUGUAACAAAUGUGAGUAUUGUUUAUUUGACAUUAUUGUGGUCAUGACACAGACGUAACACACUUUUACCAAAUUAUUUUCCUUACUCCGGUGGCUUUUAAGAAUCCUGCGCUGAGCUUGUUACAGCCCAACAGUUGUUCCAGGUCAAAAACUGACUUGUGAAGUAGGUUUUUAUGAAGAGAAAAGGGUGCUGCUGUUAUUACUGUGAGAACAGGCAAGAUUUUGUCCUGAGAUGGCCAGUUGUUGAGCAGCUGCAGCAGCUGUCAAUUGUUGACAGUGAGACUUGUUCCUGGAGAUGAGAAGCAAAAAGCCCUGAGAGGGUGAAGAGAUCCCUUUUUAAUGUGCCUCUGUUUACCAACACGUUAGAGCUAAUGAAAGCCUGCAGCCCCCACCUACUCAACUAUGUUUGCUUCAUUACACAAAGCACAUCAGCCUCCUGGGUUCCUCGGCUUUGUCUGUGUAGUGAAGGAAAGAUACACAUUUUUUUUUAUUUUGCACAAAGCACCUAAUAAAACCUCACUACCAAGACAUAAACAUGUCAAUCUAUUUGUUGUCCUUACACCACAAAAUGAUAAUCAGUGUUUUAAAUCCACACUCUGCGAUGGUCCUUGUUCGUUACAUAAACAAGAGUUUUACUGUAGUAAGGAGUUUCUUGUUCUGAGUGUUUUGAUUUGGAGUAAAGAUGUAGCGUUUUGUAAGGAUUUUUCACAUUUAUUCGACCGCAUACAUGUGAGUACAGAGCAGAACUGACGUAUUGUAAUUUAAUGUAAAUGUAAAACUGGCUGUGCUUCAAACUCAGGCAACUAUCUGUUUGUUUUUAGAUGUGACCACUUUAGCUGAGAGCAAAGUUGGACCUCUUAGUUUUUCUUGCUGAUCUAUGCCUGUUGAUGCCUUAAUAAAUCAAACAACUUUGUUCUCCAUUUUAUUUCUUUAACUUUUUUUCAUCGUGUCUUCUUGUUAAGCUUUGAUAACCUUUGAUUUUAUACUGUUACCAUACAUGAAAUGGGUGAACCUGUUUACUGUAUGCUGAAAGUUACAAUUUCGUAUUUUCAUUUAUUUAGUUCUGACAUUUUUGUAAUCGUCAUAUUUACAAAUGUAUAAUGCAACAAAGGCUAUUCUCCAAAAUAAAGUACCUGUUGAACUUGA